AUGAUACCUAUUCUUAAACCAUAUACUCAUAUUUAUAGACCCGUUAGUCACAUUUACCUACGAAACUUGUCAUCUAUUACUAAAUUCGAUACCAGAAAGUUUGUCCAGUCAUUACAAGAAAAGGGAGGGUUUUCAGAGAAACAAGCUGAAGCAGCAGUUAAUGUUGUCAAUGCUGCUAUUAAUGAUGGUAUUUAUUCUAUCACUAACAAUUUGGUUAAAAAAGAAGCAUUAUCAUCCACUGCUUAUCAACAAAAGGUGGAUUUUGCGAAAUUAAAAGGAGAACUACAAACUAUGGAUAAAUCUGAGUUCACUGGUUUGAAAAAAGAACAAGAAAAGUUACGUACUGAUUUAACAAAUUUGAAGAAUCGAUUAAAAGAAGAAAUUACCAAAAAUCAGGCCAGUGUCAGAUUAGAUUUAAAUUUAGAAAAAGGUAGAAUUAGAGAAGAAAGUUCACAGCAUGAAUUGAAAAUUGAAGAUACCUAUAGUAGAAUUGAUGAAGAAGUUUCAAAUAUGCAAAUGCAAAUUAAAACAGUCAAAACUCAAGUCUUGCAAUGGUUAAUGGGGGUCAGUACUGGUACCUUGGCCUUGUUAUUAACAUUUGUUAGAUUUUAUUUUUAA